AUGCCUCGAGAUCCCCUCAUCGGCCUCGUGGGGAAGCCAUCGGCGGGGAAGAGCACGACGCUCAACAGCCUGACGGACGCCUCCUCCAAAGUCGGCAACUUUCCAUUCACCACCAUCGACCCCCAACGAGCCGUCGGCUACCUCCAGAUCGACUGUGCCUGUGCGCGGUACAAGGUCUCGGACCGGUGCAAGCCCAACUACGGCGCCUGCGUCGACGGCCGCCGCUCCGUCCCCAUCGAGCUCCUCGACGUCGCCGGCCUCGUUCCCGGCGCCCACCAGGGCCGCGGCUUGGGCAACAAGUUCCUCGACGACCUGCGUCACGCCGAUGCCCUCAUCCACGUCGUCGACGCCUCGGGCACCGUCGACGCCGAGGGCAAGGAGACGCGGGGCUACGACCCCUCCGUCGACAUUGCCUGGCUCCGGAGCGAGGUCGUCGCCUGGAUACUGGGCAACCUGAUGCAGAAGUGGGGGUCCAUCCGCCGGAGGCACAUGGCCGUCAAGGCGACGGCCGUCGAGACGCUGCAGGGGCAGUUUUCGGGCUACGGCGCCACGUCCUCGGUCAUCAGCCGGACGCUGGAUCGGGCCAACGUCAAGGAACCGCUCGAGGACUGGUCCGACGAGACGGUGCACCACGUCGUCAACUCCUUUGUCGACGAAAAGUUCCCGACCGUCAUAGCGCUCAACAAGAUCGACCACCCCGACGCCGACAAGAACAUUUCCAAAAUCGCCAAGAUGCAGGACCCCAACACCAUCGUCCUCUGCUCGGCCAUUUCGGAAAUCUUCCUGCGCAAGAUGACGAAGCAGGGCUACAUCCGAUACGUCGAGGGUGGCGAGUUCAUCGACACGCGGGAAGACCUCAUCGAGCAGGGCGACCCGACCGGCGGCGGCCUGAAGGAGCUGGACGAGAAGAACCGAAACCGGAUAGAGAACCUCAAGGACAUGGUGCUCUACCGCUUCGGGUCCACCGGCGUCGUCCAGGUCCUGACGAGGGCGGCCGAGAUUCUGGGCCUGACGCCCGUCUUUCCCGUCAGGAACACGUCCACCUUCACCUCGGGCGCCUCCGAGUCCAAGGUCGUCUUUCGGGACUGCGUCCUGGUGAAGAAGGGGUCGACCGUGGCCGACGUCGCCAAGAAGGUCAUGGGCGAUGCCCCGAUCGCCUACGUCGAGGGCAUCGGGAACCUGCGCGUCGCCGAAGACGACCUCGUCGCCGUCGGGAAGAACGACGUGCUGUCGUUCAAGGUCGGCCGGGCCUGA